AUGUACAUCAGGAAAAGGGCAGAGAGCCUUUUUCCAUGCAGUAUUUGGGAACGUGACAACAGCUUUUGUUAUCAGCGCAUUCAGGUGAUAAGUAACAACUUGCAAAAACAAAGUCCAUUUGCUGGAAUACAGCUUUUACAGGUAUCCACUGGAGAAUCAGAAGAUGGAGCCAGACAGGAUGACACAUUCACACCCACAACCCAGGCAAGAGGAGAGGAAUUACCAAGGUGUUACAUUAACAGCAUCAGAGACAGAACUUUUACCACAAGAAAUGGCUAUACAACAGAUGACAUUGAAUUUUACUGGCGUGGGGGUGAUAAUGCAGUUACAGGAGUGACAAAGAUCGAACUGCCACAGUUCUCCAUUGUAGACUACAAGCUUAUCACCAAGAAUGUUGUUUUCUCUACAGGUGCCUACCCAAGGCUAUCUCUCAGCUUUAAACUUAAGAGAAACAUUGGUUACUUCAUUCUGCAGACCUACAUGCCUUCUAUUCUGAUCACUAUCCUGUCCUGGGUUUCCUUCUGGAUUAAUUAUGAUGCUUCAGCUGCAAGAGUUGCUUUAGGAAUCACAACUGUGCUCACAAUGACAACAAUUAACACCCAUCUUCGAGAGACUCUUCCCAAAAUUCCAUAUGUGAAAGCCAUUGACAUGUAUCUUAUGGGAUGUUUUGUCUUCGUUUUCAUGGCUCUGCUGGAGUAUGCAUUGGUCAACUACAUCUUCUUUGGCAGGGGACCUCAACGUCAAAAGAAAGCGGCAGAAAAAGCUGCCAGUGCCAACAAUGAAAAGCUGCGAAUGGAUGUCAAUAAGGUAAAUUGA